AUGUUUUCUUCGUAUCCGAGAGUGAAAAGAGAAGUUGGCUAGAAAUGAGGGUGGGGUCACUGAAGCAGGGCCUUCUUUCUAAAAGAAUUGGGGAUUGACGAAGACUUUGACCCUAUUCCCAAGUCUAAAAUUCAUUAAAUAUCUUACAGGCUCCCGCACCAUUCUUCACCACAAAAAGAUCCAAGGUCUUCCUUGAAACAUAUCUGCACAUUCUUUUGAGGGAUACAGAGAAAAUGCCCAGAGAGAAGGACUCCUUUCGGGAUCAUGUGAAGUUCCUGCCUAACAACAAGUGGAAGUGUAACUUCUGCAGCAAGGAGUAUGGCGGAAGUGUGACCAGGAUCAAGGCCCACUUAGCCGGAGUUGCAGGAUAUGGGAUCAAUGACUGCAAGGACGUCGACGGCCGAGUGAGAUCGGAAGCCAGAAAUGCGUUGAAGUGUAAAGGAGCGGCAGAGCCGAGCAGUGGAGCAGAAGGCAAUGUAGAAGAGGGUCCGCAUCUGCCCGUGACUGCGAACAAUGAAGAUGCUUGGAGAGAGCCUUCAUACGCUGCCAUGCCGUACCUUAGCUCUGAUGUCAUGAGCACUGUAGGUGCAAGUUCAUCAGCCUUUCUUCCAUUGCCUGAGACGAAUUUGCCCAGCCAGUCUCUUCCGGCUCAAGGCAUGAUCCCAUGGGGGGAAUUUCCACUCUUGCCACAACAACCUCAAUCUCAUGCUGGUGAUUCUUACACUCAGCCGCGAAAUUUUAGUUGUCCCAUCAGCCGUCCAGAUCUCGCACCUGAACCUUUGACUAACAUGCCAGCCCCAGUGAAUGCAGAAGAGGGAGAAACCAAUACAGAGGUUCCACAAGGUGCAAGUUCAUCAGCCUUUCUUCCAUUGCUUGAGACAAAUUUGCCCAGUCAGUCUCUUCCGGCUCAAAACAUGAUCCCGUGGGGCGAAUUUCCAUUCUCGCCACAACAACCUCAAUCUCAAGCUGGUGAUUCUUCCAUUCAGCCGUGGAAUUUUAGUUAUCCUAGCAGCCGUCCAGAUCUCGCACCUGAAGCUUUGACUAACAUGCCACGCCCAGUGAACGCAGAAGAGGGAGAACCCAAUACAGAGGUUCCACAAGGUGCAAGUUCAUCAGCCUUUCUUCCAUUGCUUGAGACAAAUUUGCCCAGUCAGUCUCUUCCGGCUCAAAACAUGAUCCCGUGGGGCGAAUUUCCAUUCUCGCCACAACAACCUCAAUCUCAAGCUGGUGAUUCUUCCAUUCAGCCGUGGAAUUUUAGUUAUCCUAGCAGCCGUCCAGAUCUCGCACCUGAAGCUUUGACUAACAUGCCAGCCCCAGUGAACGCAGAAGAGGGAGAACCCAAUACAGAGGUUCCACAAGGUGCAAGUUCAUCAGCCUUUCUUCCAUUGCUUGAGACAAAUUUGCCGAGUCAGUCUCUUCCGGCUCAAAACAUGAUCCCGUGGGGGGAAUUUCCAUUCUCGCCACAACAACCUCAAUCUCAAGCUGGUGAUUCUUCCAGUCAGCCGUGGAAUUUUAGUUAUCCUAGAAGCCGUCCAGAUCUCGCACCUGAACCUUUGACUAACAUGCCAGCCCCAGUGAAUGCAGAAGAGGGAGAACCCAAUACAGAGGUUCCACAAGACGCGAGGACAGAUGAUGCACUCAUGGAUAGUCGAUCAGGUGUUUUUGGGCUUGUUGGCGAAUAUAUGCCAACUCUGAAAAGAAAGCUGGAAGAACUAAGCAGACGAGUAGCAGACUUGGAUGAGUUGGAGACAUGGUAUAGGCAAUCAAAAAGGAUAAAAGACUGGAGUAUGGUCCAAGCAUUCCGAGAAGGAAAAUCUUUUUUUGCGCAGCAAGUAGAAAGAGUGGACGACUUGAGCAAAGAAAUUGAAGAGAUUCUAGGCUAUUGUAGCUUCCAAAGAGGGUUGACAACACAUGGCGCGGGAUGUAGGAAAAGUUCACCUUUGGUAACAACAAAGCUAGUAGGCAAAAAAAGCGAGCAGACAAUCGAAGAGAUUUGUGACUAUUUAAUGGAGGAUGAAAUUUUCAUCAUUGGUGUUUAUGGAAUGGGAGGAGUUGGCAAGACAGCCAUUUUAAUGCAUGUCCAUAAUAGAAUGCUUGAGAAUUCUGCCUUCAAUGACGUGUUUUGGGUCACUGUAGCUCAAGAGUUUAGCUUCUGUGAACUACAAGACGAGAUUGCCAAUGCAAUCGGACUAGACAACCUCUCAAAGGAUAAGGACGUGAAAAGGAGGGCGUCCAUGUUGAAUAGGCAUUUAAAGAAAAAGAGAGCUGUAUUAAUUUUAGAUGGCCUGUGGAUGCACUUCGACUUUGAGGAUGUGGGAAUUCCAGUUGAGAAGGGUGGCAUUAAGUUGGUAUUGACAACUCGAUCGCUAAAUGUGUGUCAUGAGAUGCUCUGCCAAAAGGAAAUCAAAAUAAAACCUCUAGCAAAAAUAAAUGAAGAUGAUUGGAGCUUAUUUAGAGAGAAACUCUGCUUUGGGAGAGAACUUCCUUCAGAAGUCGAAAAAAUUGCAAAGUCCAUUGUUGAUAAGUGUGGGGGUUUGCCACUUGGGAUCAUUGAGAUUGCAACUCACAUGAGGAGAGUAGAGGAAGUGCACGAAUGGAAAGGCAUGUUGUGGAAAUUAGAAGAGUCGAGGGUGGAACUUAACGUGUUCAAGAGACUGAAACUUAGUUACGUGAACUUGGGUGAUUCUCAGGUGCAACAGUGUUUCUUGCAUUUAGCACAAGUAUAUCAAAAAUCUAGUAAAACAAAGUUGAUAGAGUCUUUCAUAGAUGAGGGUUUGUUAGAUAGAAUUGGCUCCCGGCAAGAACUGUACGAACAGGGUAACAUCAUACUAGACAAAUUAAGAAAGGGUUGCCUUUGUGAUGAAGAUGGACAACAUAUAUCUCUACACCCGUUGAUAAGAGGCAUGGCAUUGCAUAUAAUGAGGAGCACAACACACGUGGUCAAGGCCGAAAUGGGAUUGAAAGAAAUUCCAGAGGAAGAGUUCUGGACCGAUCGUUUAGAGAAAGUCUUUUUACAGGGCAACGAUAUACAAGAAAUCCCGGAUGGCAUAUCACCAAAUUGCCCUAAACUUAUGAGCCUAUCGUUGAAUAACAAUAUGUUUCUGGAAGCUAUCCACGAAUCUUUCUUUAGGCAUAUGAAGGGGCUGAAGGUUCUAGAUCUCAGCUACACUAGAUUCACGGAAUUACCGAAUGCCAUCUCUCACUUGGAGAGCUUGGAAGCACUGUUGCUCCGAGAGUGUAAGAAAUUAUGUCAUAUACCUUGUGUACAAAAGUUGGGAUCCCUAAGAAAGUUGGACAUGAGUGGGUGUGAAAUGCUUAAAGAAGUGCCAGAGGGGAUGGAGAUGUUGGUAAAGUUGAGUUACCUCGACCUACAAGGCACAAUGAUCAAGACAUUACCAGAAGGAUUCAAGCAUAUGAAGGGGCUGAAGGUUCUAGAUCUCAGCUACACUAGAUUCACGGAAUUACCGAAUGCCAUCUCUCACUUGGAGAGCUUGGAAGCACUGUUGCUCCGAGAGUGUAAGAAAUUAUGUCAUAUACCUUGUGUACAAAAGUUGGGAUCCCUAAGAAAGUUGGACAUGAGUGGGUGUGAAAUGCUUGAAGAAGUGCCAGAGGGGUUGGAGAUGUUGGUAAAGUUGAGUUACCUCGACCUACAAUGCACAAUGAUCAAGACAUUACCAGAAGGAUUCAAGCAUAUGAAGGGGCUGAAGGUUCUAGAUCUCAGCAUCACUCGACUCACGGAAUUACCAAAUGCCAUCUCUCACUUAGAGAGCUUGGAAGCACUGUUGCUCCGAGAGUGUAACGAAUUAUGUCGUAUACCUUGUGUACAAAAGUUGGGAUCCCUAAGAAAGUUGGACAUGAGUGGAUGUGAAAUGCUUGAAGAAGUGCCAGAGGGGAUGGAGAUGUUGGUAAAGUUGAGUUACCUCGACCUAAGUGGCACAAAGAUCGAGACGUUACCAGAAGGAGUGUUGGGGAAGCUGGUGAACUUGCAAUAUUUGGUGAUUAAAAAGAGGACGGUUUGGGACGAGGAAAUAUUAGCGAAGGUGGAAGGACUCUAUUGCUCUGUUUCAAAUGUUGAAACAUUCAAUGCAUGCGUGAGGUUUCUCGAGCAAAACAGCUCCCGACCAUACAAAUUGAGGUUGUAUGAAUCUAGAUACUACUCCUUUAUGGAUAUACAUGAGAGGCAUAUAAUCAUCGAAAGUUGCCAUAGUAUUGCGGCAACGGUAGAUGGAGAAAUUGGUGGGGAUGGCCGCGCUCUACUUCCGAAAAAUGUGCAAGUACUGGAAGUUGGACGGUGUGGUGGGGUGAUAAGUUUGUGCGAGAUAGGCCUACUUGAUAAUCUAGAGAAGCUGACGAUAGAGGAAUGGGAGAAUUUGGAGGAGCUGGGCGCCGUCCGCUUCCCUCACCUACAGAGACUGAAAAUCACUGGGUGUUCCAAACUGAAGCAUCUCUUGGAGGAGGGGCAGGGGCUUCCACGUCUACAAUGGUUUAGAAUCGAGGGCUCAGAGGAACUAGAGGAGAUUAAUAUGGUGGCACCUCUUCUUUAUAAUAUAGAAGUGUACAGGUGUCCUAAAAUGAAGAGAGCGGUGGAAUGGGAGCGGCUGGCCACUCGCCUUCCCAAUCUGAGGUCCAUUAAAAUAAGCAAUUGUGAGAAAUUAGAGGAGAUAAUAGGUGGUGGGCCAGCAACGCCAAUUGGUGCCACUUGUCUUCUCGCAGAGUUUGAACUAUAUGGAUGCAACAACAUGAGGGGGGUGCUUCUGACGCAUGACAUGUUGCUUCGUCUCCCUUAUCUCCAAGACAUAACAGUCCAAGACUGCAAGGGCAUAGAGGUGAUAAUAGGCACUGUUCCCGAUGUGAGGCACCCCUUCUUCCCAAAUUUAAUCCACCUGACUCUAUGCAAUCUUCCGGAGCUAAAGAGCACAUGUGAUGGGAUCGAGAAUUGGGUUUCAUUCCAAUGUAUUGAUGUUAAAAAUUGUCCGAAGCUGAAGAGGCUUCCUCUGCUUGACAAUGGGCUCUCUUGUCCUCUCCUCUAUCUUCAGGGCAUUUUGAUAGAUCAGCUGACGUGGGAGUCGCUGGAGUAUCCUCCCCUCUCUCUUCGGAGUAUUUUGAUAGAUCGGCUGACGUGGAAAUCGCUGGCGCGGGACAAACCCUUUUCGCGACCUUCACUUGAACACUUUGUCAGGUUUUAUGGUAAGUCGUCACCCACAAAUUUUUACUUUUCUUUUAUCCUCUCCAUCUCCGGCGUGCCCUUUUAAGGAUCCAUCUCCUGCGGCACAGUGAGUUCCCUUUUCUUCCAAACUUUAUACCAACUGUUUAACCUAGUGCGCAUGACUUUAAUUACAGCUUGAAAGUUAUAUCGAA